ACAGGCAGACCUCAUUAAAACAUUUAAACUGUAUAAAGCAUACAGUUCAUAAUGAUGUAGAUUUAGAAGCAUGCCUCUUUAGACAUCCCUUGAUGCUUAUAAUAAAAAUAUGAUAGUUUAAGGUAUAUUGUAAUAAAAUGAUUAUUGCAGAGAAAUGUUCCGUUACAUGGAGAUAAGCAUGUUUUCAUUCUUGAGAGAUCUGUAUCAGCUGAGCAUAUGUGAAGUCUUCUAUAUACUCACGUCAUUUGCACUGUUGCGGUUUCAGUACAAUACGGGAAUUCGUAUGAAUUGCUAUUAAGAACGCGCAUCCUUUAGAUUAAAAAAAAGAAAGAUUAUAGAAAAGAAUGUCCACUCUGAAAAAAUGGCAGUAAUAACAUGGCAAAGCAUUGAUAAUGAAGCGAAAUGUGAGUUUGUUCUAAAAUGAGAAGAAUGAGCCACGCCCACUAUGUAACUAGUAUAAGAAGCGGUAGUUUAAAAUAGUCACCACAACAACUGAUGUUACGAUGGUAAGUAGCAGUGGGGACCAUCAUGCAGCAGAGAACAUGGACUGUGCGGCUGAAAAUGACAAUCGAUCGAAAGCCACAGGCAUCCCUUUAUCCAGGAAACUGUGCUAUGCCAUCGGAGGGAUGCCUUAUCAAAUGACUUCGAACGCUAAAGGAUUUUUCAUGCAGAUCUUUUUACUGGAUGUUGUGAAGAUGGGGGCCUCCUAUGCAUCCAUCAUUCUCUUUCUUGGUCGAGCUUGGGAUGCUGUUACUGAUCCUAUGAUUGGAUAUGCAGUGAGCAAGAGUCGCCGCACCAGAUUUGGCAAACUCAUUCCCUGGAUAGUAUUCUCAAUGCCAUUUGGGGUCGUAUCCUACAUCAUGCUCUGGUAUACUCCACAGGACACCAUGUCCCCUGCCUUCAGUUUCUGCUGGUACUUCGUGUGGUGUUGCCUGUUUGACACCUUCAUGAGUUGCUACCAUGUGCCUUAUUCUUCCCUAAACAUGUUUCUUGGGGGAAAUGACAGAGAUCGAGAUUCAGCCACUGGUUACAGAAUGGGAAUGGAAGUUUUCGCCACACUGGCUGGAGCCGCCAUUCAGGGUCAGAUAGUGGGGAUGUAUCACGCCAAGAGGUCACAAGUCUGCAGCAUGCAGAAUGACACGGAUGUGCCCGCUGCUAACCACACAGCCUCGCUGAGUGACACAACAGAAAACCUUCAAAAUACAAGAAAGGCCUAUGUGACUGCUGCAUUAGUAAUAGGAUUUAUUUACUUCAUGUGUUGCCUUGUGGUUUUUCUUGGAGUGAAGGAGCAGCUGGCCCCACUCAGUAAACUGGACAGCAUAAAUCUCCCUUACCUAACGGGUAUGAAGAUGGUGGUGUGUCACAUUCCAUACGUGAAGCUUGUAUUUGGCUUCCUAUUUGCUUCAUUAGCCUUCCAGAUGGCUCAGGGAAAUUUUGCCCUCUUUUGUACUCAUGCAGCAGAUAUGGGAGGAUCUUUCCAGCAUCUUGUUAUCAUAUUAUUGACAGCAGCCACGUUGUCCACUCCGUUGUGGCAGACAGUAUUGGUCAAACUAGGAAAGAAGACCACCAUAUUUAUCGGCUUAUUUACUUAUAUUCCAACUUUAAUUAUAAUAUCACUUUUGAGGAACAGUUUACCCGUCUUCAUUAUUAUGUCCGUGUUGGCUGGCACCAGUCUGUCAGCACUCUAUCUGCUCCCUUGGUCAAUGUUGCCAGAUGUUGUGGAUGACUUUAAGGUUAAGAACCCAUCUUGCCAGGAUCUGGAACCGUUGUUCUAUUCCUGUUAUGUUUUCUUUAAUAAAUUUGGAGGAGGCGUGGCUGUCGGAAUCUCGACCUUGGUACUACACUUUGCAGGAUACAAGCCAGGUGUCUGCAAACACAAUUCACAAGUCAUAUUCUCACUGCAGAUGCUCUUUGCUCCUGUGCCCAUCUGUCUGUUGCUGAUCGGCAUGGUGAUGUUUUACUUCUAUCCUAUCACUGAAAAGCGACGGCAGGAAAUCCAGACAGCGCUGAAGAAAGCAGCAGAACACCCAAAAAGGAGAAGAACUGAGGCUAUGAAAUAACAACGCAGUAUUUCACAUGUGGCUUUCACUACGCCUGUAACAAUCAAGACUUCUGCAACUGUUUAUCAGAAACACGGUUGUUUUUUUCUGAGUGUAAAGCAUUAAUCUCAUAUGAAUUUAAAGAUGCAGUGUCUUAUGCUGCUUGUUUGGUCUAAAAGUAGGGGUCCCGCCCCAGACUCACACCACGGGUUGAGGUAGUGUUUCUGUGUUGGGCCGGUCCAACAAAAAAGCUAUAUGGAUUGUGUCCCAGAUCCACUGCAUUUAGCAUGCGUUUGAUUGUGAAGUAUUUUAAUAAAAAAAAAUGAACAAAGCAGCUUUAAGUCAUACGCAGUUUUAAUGAAACUGUGGUAAUGAUUAUAAUCAUGUACAAAUAAAAAACUAUACGUGUAUUCCCUUUUUAGUGCAGAAACCAUCACCAGACCAAAGUAUAAACAAAAUUCUGGUUUGUUUUCGAACCAAUGCAGCGCCCUCUUGCGGCAAGUCUCUUGAAUAGUUAGUAACCAUGCGUUCCAUGUUUUUUGUUGUGUUUUCACAUUUUUGCACAAAUUCACUUAUUUUCUUUAUUAAUGCCAAUAAACCAAGUAUAACAUACAGAAACCCGUGCGUUGCUUUUGCUACAAACAGGUACGUAGAGGAAGUGAGUGCUAAGAGCAUGUUAUGUAAUACUUCACGAGGCUUUGGAAAUCAAACAAUACAUGACAAAGCGAUGGAAAUCGCUCCGACUUCAUCAUGUCUAGCUGUCUCUCCUCCUAACUGUAUGGUUAUGUUGUCUAUCAAAACAUAAAUUUUGCAUAAUUUUUUUAAGAGAGCUACAAUAUUUUUUAGAUAAAAAAUCCACUUAAAACACAAAGUGUAGCUGAUGAAUGUUAUGCACAAAUGAAUACUCAUCGGUGGGCAGGGACGGAUUAUGACUUCAAAGGGCCCCCCUCCCACAAUUUGUCCGUUCUUUCCGGCAGAUUUUGCCCAGAUUUUCCGCCUGGAUUUGUUGCAGAAAGUCUGUGCCAUUCUGUAGAUUUGAUCAGUGUGUUUCUAUCUGAAACUGAACUGUAUGAUAGUUAAAAAAAAUCUGUUCAGAUUUUUAAAGUCUUGUAGUGUAGGCCUAUUUCAGCCAUUAGCUGUGCAUUCGAAGUGAAAGUUAAGAUGAUACAGAAUAUUAAAACCGUUUUCGCUCUGCAUCAAAUGCCUGCGCUACACUAAAAUAAUUUGUACAGGGUUUAUAGAAAUCUAAUAUUAUCUACACAGCGAAAAAUCAACAAUGGACCAAAUUAAGGGGUAUGAAACACACGUCUUUAAUCAACUGUCAAAUAUACACGUAUUUAAUGCUUCACAUGAAUAAAAAAUGAUUUCUCACCAUAAAUUGCCCCUGUGACAUGUCUGUAAACAUCAAAUCAUCAAGCAAAAUAUUCAGAAAAUGCUAUUUAA